UACCAGUCAUCGGCAAGUCCACACACACGCGUACACACACUCUCUCACACGCAUCCUACAUAAACACGCACAUCCUGAUGCACACAAUCCUCUCCCACUCUCGCCCUGCUCACGCCGCGCUCACCAGCUCAGUGUUUGCCUCUGAAUGUAGCCUUGCCUCACUGUCUCCUGCGGAGGUUACCCACCCACCUACCUAGCCACUCACUUAGCGACUCACUCACCUACCUACUCGCCUAUCCACUCACUCAUUCUCACCCAUCCACUCACCCACCCACUAUCUCACUUGCUCGCUCAUUCUCACCCACUCACUAACCUACCCGGCCACCCACUAACCCGCUCUACCACUCACUUACCUUACCCACCCACUCAUUCUCACCCAAUCACCUACUCAUCCUCACAAAUCUACUCAUCCUCACAAAUCCACUCACCCAGCCACAAACCCGCUCCAGCAACCACUCACUCCUCUCGCAGUCACUCGCUUCACCCAAUCACCCGUCUGCUCACCUACCCAUCCAUUCACCUACUCAUCCACACUCACAAAUCCACUCACCCACCCACUCACCCUCUCUACCAACCACUCACCCACCCACCCAGCAAGAUGGACAUCUGGGACGCGUACCGCGAGCUCACUGCUGGGAUAUCGGAGUUGGACUUUGAUGCCGAAGCUCAGCCGUCCCGCCUCCUCCUCACCCUGCCACACGCCUUCCCCGUGGCCGUCAACUCCUCCGACCAGGUGCUCAUCGCCGCCUCCACCCUGGGUUCAGGACGCAUGGUUGUCCUCUCCCACGAGACCUACCUCUCCUCGCCCAAAUUCCACCACUUCCUUCUCAACUCCAUCGCCUGGCUCUCCUCUUCCCCCGCCUCCUCGCAUGCUGGCUCAAUCGCCCUGAGCCAGAGCCUGCGUGGAUCAGCACUGAGCCAGCUGCUGCUUAGGCAGGGGCUCGGCGUCAUCGAUGAGCCAUCGGACCUGAGCGAGGAGGAGGAGGAGAAUAAUGAGGUGGAGGUGGACGAGAAACGGAAGGAGACGCAUGGGGGCAUCUCCGUCCUCUGCACGGACGCCUACGCCGCACGGGACUGGGGGGCCCUGGAGAGAUUUGUGAGGCGUGGUGGGGGGCUGCUGGUGGGGGGCCAGGCCUGGUACUGGACGACCGUGAACGGAAACCCCGCGGACCCCCUGGAUGGAUUCCCUGGUAACAGGGUCAUGGGAGCGGCCGGGAUCCUGGUGAGCCGAGACACGGCGGAGAAGGGGCCGGUGAUGGUGAGCGACGAGGUGCCGGAGGCGGCGAUCUUGUACAGCUACAAGCCCUGCUAUGGCGCUGAUUACGAGCAGAUAGCAGCCGCUAUUGACUGUGCAGAAAUAGCCCUGGGCACUGAGUGCCCCUCGCAGGUGGUGGCCCACGGCUCCAUGGCCUUCCCCCUGCUGGUGGACGGCGAGGGCCGCGCUGUGGUUGGAGCCUCGCGUCACGGGGCGGGCCGCGUUGUGGUGUUCGGCCACGAGACCAUCGCGGCCACCCGACCCAGCGCCCGCCCCGCCCUCGCCUCCGCACUCGCGUGGCUGGCAGGGGGGGACGCCCCUCCCCCCUCCACGGGGCUGGCCAUGGUGGGGACCGUGGGGAUACGAGCCGGGUCUCACCUGGCUGGACUCAAGGAGACACUUACAAACCUGGGAGUGCCCCGCGUUGUCGAAUUCGACUCGUUCCCCAGGGGUGCCCGGCCACCCAACCUCUCUGUGUUCUGCUGCCCGGCUUACGGACCUUUCGCUGGCUUGGGGAGGGAUGGCGAGGAGGUGGAGGCGAUCCGUGAGUUCGUGGCGCAAGGUGGUGGAGGGCUUCUCGUAGCGGGCCAGGCGUGGUGGUGGAGCUCCAGCCGUCCGGGGAUGUCUGCUGUGGACCUCUACCCUGGGAACCGCAUCAUCAACAGCAUGGGCCUCACCAUCACGGCCGUAGCCUGUGGUGAAGGCCGCCUCCUCCUCUCCGGGCGGCCUCUCCAGACGGUCCCCGCUCUCGACUGCCCUCGCUCCACUGCCCCCAUCUCCUUGCGCCUGGGCCUGCGUGAUUUUGCAUGUCACCUCAUGAAGAAGUCCCAGCUGUCCGGGCCACGUCUCACGAACCUGGUCUCCCUCCUGCGAAGAGACCUGGUCCCCUUGCUCGGAAGUCGCGACCCGGCGUUUCGUCCGCUGCGGGCCAUUGUGUGGGACCUCCUCCGAGGGCCACUGUGGCCCGACCUGGCUGCGGUUGGUCCAGAGAGGCCCGUGCAGGCCCACAACGUGGUGGACGGUCUGCUGGUGACAUUGUUGGCGGCCUUGUGCAAUGGUGGAGGUGGCAGAGGUGGACGAUGUGGAGGACAUGGAAGAGGAGGAGGAGAGGAGUUCUUCAGUCUCGGAGACAUCUUUCCAGGAAGACCUUUGGAGCCGACGUAUAGAGGUUGGCAAGAAGUCACCAUUGAUGUCUCUAGCAAGGAGGGGCUGACAUGGGUCAGCACCGGCCUCUACGCUCCACCUGCUCAGCGCGUGCUGCUCGACCUCCCAUCGCUCGCACUUGGCAGAGGCAUCCAGAUCCAGUUGGGAUGCCACACUGAUCAGCUGUACGAUUCCAAAACUAUGAAACGCCACCCAGAAGUUACCCGCAGCAUGCCAGUGGUGCGCGGAGAGAUGGACCGGGGAGCUAUGGAGGUGGCGUCGAGUUGGGGGGGGCUCUUGUAUUUGCUGGUGCCGGAGGGGGUGAGCCUGGGGAAGAUCCGCGUGAGGGUUAGGGGAGCGGCGAGAGCCCCCUACUUCAAGUUGGGCGAGACCAGCCUGCAGCACUGGCAGGAGUUCGAACGGCACUACCCCGCUCCCUGGUCCGAGCUGGCCUGCGAUAGCCUCAUCCUUACGGUGCCGUCGGAGGCCGCGCGUGGGCUGGCCGACCCCGAGAGGCUGAUGCGGCUGUGGGACCGCAUGACGGGAGCCAUCGCCUACCUGGCCGCCGAACCGCACCCGUCUGCGCGGCCGGAGCGAAUCGUGGUGGACGAGCAGAUCAGCCACGGCUGGAUGCAUGCGGGAUACCCCAUCAUGGUGCACCGCGCAUCCAUCCCCAAGCUUCUGAACGAGGAGGAGAUGCGUGCGGAGGGCAUGUGGGGACCCCUCCACGAGCUCGGCCACAACCGCCAGCGGCCCGCUUGGAACUUCCCACCCCACACCACGGAGGCCACCAACAACCUCUUCGCCGUCUACGUCCACGAGGAGGUGCUUGGGGUGGCGCGGGCGCGCGCCCACCCUGACCUGCGCCCUGCCGAGCGGGAGCGGCGCCUCCGCGAUCACGUGGACGCAGGCUGCCCGCUCGCCGCGUGGACCGUGUUCACCUGCCUGGAGACCUACUUGCAGCUUCAGGAGGCCUUUGGCUGGGACCCUUUCGUGCGGCUGUUUGGAGACUACCAGCGGGCGGCCUCGACGCCCUCCACGAUGGAGGCCAAGAUGAGCGAGUGGGCCGAGCGGUUCUCACGCUGUGUGGGCCACAACCUGGCCCCCUUCUUCUCCGCGUGGGGUUGGUGCCUGAGGCCUGGCCUGGAGGCCAAACUGGCCACUCUGGACCCAUGGGAUGACGACCCCAUGGUGGCUCUAGCAGCCCACCCCAACGCUUAGCGGUCGUGAUGGUUGUGGUGAUGGUGGUGGUGGAGGUGGUGAUGGUGGUGGUUGUGAUGGUGGUGGUUGUGA